GCGCACUCGCGGCCGCCAUUUUGGAGCGAUCUCGCCCGCGGCCCCGAGCCGGUCCCGAGCGGGUCCCGAGCCUCCCGCCCGCUGCGCCCGAGUCCGAAGGCGCCGCGCCGCGGGGCCGGGCCCAUGUGCGUGCGGCCCGCUCCAGGCCGUCCGCACUUCACCUCUGCGAGCGUCCUGGCCUCCCUCGGGCCUCGGAGGAGUCGCCGCGACCCCCAGCCUGCGGGGCAGGUAAACCAACCAAAACUCUUUGCAGAAUGAAAACACCUUUUUUAAAAUUGCAGAUAUACAAAAGAAAGAGCCCAAAUGCUUUUUAUUUUGCCUGAAUACAAGAUUUAAACAAGGUAUUGCCAUAGAAGUCUCUACCACAGCGCGUUCUGUUGGACUCUUUCACGGAACUAUAGGAUCACAUGGGCAGCACUUGUGUUUGAUUCUACCCUCUUUCUUCCGGUUGGUUCUGUCACCCUGGGAAAUAGAGAAGCAGAACGUACGGCUCCUUUCUUCAUUCACUGCUGGAUCAAUGUCCAGGGCCAAGGCAGUUUUGUUUGUGUGGAUUUCUGUUUACUGCUGCAUGGUAGAGGUUGCCGAACCCCGUAAGGUUUGUAUGUUUAUCAUGCUUGCAUCCUUUCUUCCUUACUGUGUAUGACAUUGCCUCUUACUUCUUUCCGUUUUUUGUUGUUGUUUUUUUGUUUUUGCCUUAAAGUUAGUUUAUCAAAUAUUAAUUGAAUUUCAGCUUUUGGUUUACAUUUGCCCACUGUGUGUUUUUCAGUUGUCAUAUUUCUGCCUUCUUCAAUUUUUUAAAGUAUCUAUCAUUUGUUUGUUUGUUGCUUGAGACAAGGUCUCUCUCUCUGUGUAUCCCUGGCUGUUGUGGACUCACUCUGAGGUCCAGGCUCCUUGAAUUCACAAAGGUCUGCCUUCUUCUGCCUCCCAGUGCUGGGACUAAAGUGACAGCCAUGGCACUUGGCUAACGUGUGUUGUUUAUAGGAAACAUUGUUGCGGUUUGUACAUCCAGUCUGAGAGACUUCUGCAUUGCUCUGUGACCACCAUCAUGUUCUGGAAAUUUGACUUGAAUACCACGUCCCACGUUGACAAGCUCCUCGACAAGGAACAUGUGACACUGCAGGAAUUAAUGGAUGAAGAUGACAUCUUGCAAGAGUGUAAGGCUCAGAACCAGAAGCUGCUGGACUUCCUGUGCAGGCAGCAGUGUAUGGAGGAGCUGGUGAACCUCAUCACACGAGACCCACCCCAGGACAUGGAAGAGAAGGUCCGAUUCAAAUAUCCAAACACAGCCUGUGAGCUUCUGACUUGUGAUGUGCCGCAGAUCAGCGACAGACUAGGCGAGGACGAGCGUCUGCUGAGCCUUCUGUAUGACUUCCUGGACCAGGAGCCACCGCUCAACCCUCUGCUUGCCAGUUUUUUUAGCAAGACCAUUGGCAAUCUCAUUGCAAGGAAAACCGAACAGGUGAUCAUGUUCUUGAAGAAGAAGGACAAGUUCAUCAGUCUGAUACUGAAGCACAUAGGCACCUCAGCUCUCAUGGACCUGCUGCUACGCCUGGUCAGCUGUGUGGAACCAGUUGUUCUCCGGCAGGAGGUCCUACAUUGGCUUAAUGAAGAGAAAAUCAUCCAGAGACUUGUGGAAUUGAUCCAUCCCCACCAGGAUGAAGAUAGGCAGUCAAAUGCUUCUCAGGCACUCUGUGACAUCAUCAGGCUGGGCAGAGACCAGGGCAGUCAGCUGCAGGAGACUGUGGAACCAGAUCCCCUCCUCACAGCACUGGAGUCGCAGGACUGUGUGGAGCAGCUUCUGAAGAACAUGUUUGAUGGGGAUCAGACGGAGAGCUGCCUGGUCAGUGGGAUGCAGGUGCUGCUUGCCUUGCUGGAGCCAAGGCGCGUUGGAACAGAAGGCUUGGUGGACUCCUUUUCUCAGGGACUGGAAAGGUCAUACUCUGUCAGCAGCAGCAUCCUGCAGGGCAUUGAGCCAUGGCUGAAGAAUUUCCAUCAGCUCCUGCUCAACCCACCAAAGAAGAAAGCAAUCCUGACCACUAUUGGCGUGCUAGAGGAGCCCCUGGGGAAUGCUCGUCUUCAUGGUGCACGCCUCAUGGCUGCACUGCUGCACACAAACACACCCAGCAUCAACCAGGAGCUCUGCCGGCUCAACACCAUGGACUUACUGCUGGACCUGUUUUUUAAGUACACCUGGAAUAACUUCUUACACUUCCAAGUGGAGCUGUGCAUAGCCGCUAUUCUCUCCCACGCUGGUCUGGAGGAGCAGGCAGAAGCUGGCAGAUCAGAUGGCAAAGUGGAACCUGUGCAGGGGAGUGGAGAUGGGGGUGGGAAGCCGGAGACCACCUCGUCCAUCACCAGCCCUCCUGAGAACACAAUGGUGACCCAUCUGUUCCAGAAGUGCUGCCUGGUUCAGAGGAUCCUGGAAGCCUGGGAAGCCAAUGACAACACACAGGCGGCAGGUGGCAUGAGACGUGGGAAUAUGGGCCACCUCACAAGGAUCGCCAACGCAGUUGUACAGAACCUGGAGCAGGGCCCGGUGCAGACACACAUCAGUGAAGUCAUCCGAGGGCUCCCUGCAGAUUGCCGUGGACGCUGGGAGAGCUUUGUGGAAGAGACACUGAUGGAGACCAACCGCAGGAACACUGUGGACCUGGUGAGCACUCACCACCUUCACUCCUCAAGUGAGGACGAGGACAUUGAGGGUACUUUCCCUAACGAGCUGUCCCUUCAGCAGGCCUUCUCUGAGUACCAGAUCCAGCAGAUGACAGCAAACUUUGUGGAUCAGUUUGGCUUCAACGAUGAGGAGUUUGCAGACCAGGAUGACAACAUCAAUGCCCCAUUUGACCGGAUUGCAGAGAUCAACUUCAACAUUGAAGCCGAUGAGGACAGUCCCAGUGCAGCUCUGUUUGAAGCUUGCUGCAGUGAUCGGAUCCAGCCCUUCGAUGAUGACGAGGAGGACAUUUGGGAGGAUGAGGAGACUCGAUGCACGGCCCGGGUGAUGGCCAGAGCCAGGUUUGGAGCCCCUCACACCUCAGAAAACUACUCAAAGAAGGCCUUGGGACAUGGAGGCCAGGGCAGGAAGACUGGCUCCCCCACAGCUAGGAAUGUGCCUGGACUGGCCACGCCUUCAUCCCCUACACAGAAAGAAGGCCCGCGCUCAGAAAGUGAUUCAGCAGGUACUACAUGGACAGCAGUUUUUGAUGAGCCAGUGAACCCGCUGUCUGCAGCUUCAGGAGCUGCGAGGGAUGUGGGUUCUAGUGCCUGGGCGGCUGGUCCUUCAGUUGCAGAGGAGAAAGGCUGGGCCAAAUUCACCGACUUCCAGCCUUUCUGCUGCUCUGAGACAGGGCCCCGGUGCAGCUCUCCUGUGGACAUGGACCACAGCAAUGCUGAGGGUGACCAGAGUCCAGGCCCAGAGAAAGCCUUUGGUCCUACCUCGCCUUGUGCCUGGAACGUGUGUGUCACUAGAAAGGCCCCACUGGUAGCCUCUGACAGCAGCUCCUCUGGGGGAUCUGACAGUGAAGAUGACGAGAAGGCAGCGGGUGCUGUGGAAGCUCUGUGCGCAGGCCAUACUGGAAAGGCCUCCCCACCACCCAGGACAGCAGAGGCUGCUGCUGGCAGGGCUGAGUGUCCUGACAGCACCGUGUUAGCCCCUGCCUGCCCUGCACCUUCAGAAGUGACCAUCAGUCCUGCCGUGGCUACCAUAGCACCAAGCAAGGCAGGCUCUCCCACAGCCACCAUAGUGGUCUCUUCCUCAGUGGCUACUGCAGUACCCCCAGGACCAAUCAUGGCAGUAACCACAACAGCCCCAGCCAUAGUUGCAACCCUGGGGACAAUGACAAAGGACAGGAAGACAGAUGCCCUGCCAGACGGAGCUGCCUUAAAUGGCCCUGUGUAAUGGCUGCCGCCCAGCUAUGGCCCACCCUGGUCAGGCUGCUUCCUUAAUCAAGAAGACUACCUGGUGAUGCAAUUUUUUUUAAUUUAACUUUAAAAUAAAUGCUGCAUUUGGUAAAGCUGGCAGUGGAACCCGUUGGAUGACCCAGCUCAUGUUUCUCCUGCCUGCCCUUGGUCCUGUUGGAAGACAGGAUGCACCUGGCCAUUCCCAGGCCCAGGUCUUGGUGUGGCAAUGCGGCCCCUGACGCGCAGCUUCAACCUGCAGGAGUUGGGGAGGGAACAAGACCCUAAGGGGCCAGCACCAUCGGAUGGGCAGGAAGGGUGCGGAUCUCCAGGCGCUGGUUUCAUCUGUAUUUUUAACGCAUGGAGGAAAAGCCGUUUUUUGCACUUUGUACCCAGCUACAGUACAGGGUCUCUCUAGGCUCAGGGCAGAUGUACAGGCCUGAGUUGGAGAGACCUGAUCCCCACUAAUAAUACUACAUGGGGGUCUGGCACUAGUUUGGCCACAUGAGGUCAAACCCCAGUUCUAGCUGCCCAGGGGCUCCUGGGAGCUGGUGUUGAAUCAGGCUACACAUUUUGACUGCCUUAAAAACAAAGACCCUCUGGACCUGGUGCAGUGGUCUCUGUGCUCAGCAGGGCAGACUGGCACACUCGGGUGGGGGUUGGAGCUGCACCAGACAUGUAAGAGUGGACACGGAAGAGCGCUGGGAGGCCUAGGGACCGGGCGGGCCCAUAGUGUCCAGGAAGAGUCUAAAGUCUAUGUUGUCUUUUUUUUUUUUUUUUUUUUUUUUAAAUGUUCUGACCUUCUGACAGGGCAUCUAACCCCCAAUAAAAAGGAUCAUUCUUACUGAAAA